CUGUCAGCUGACCAAGCAAAGGGGCUGGCGCUGGCAUGCAGCUCUGCAGUGUUCAUCGGAACCAGCUUCAUCAUCAAGAAGAAGGGCCUGAGGGUUGCAGGAGCGAAUGGAGUCCGAGCAGGCAUCGGCGGCUAUUCAUAUCUUGUAGAGCCCCUAUGGUGGGCGGGCAUGCUGACCAUGGUGGUGGGGGAGGUUGCAAACUUUGCAGCCUAUGCCUUUGCUCCUGCCAUCCUUGUCACACCCCUUGGAGCGCUCAGCAUCAUUGUCAGUGCUGUGCUGGCGCACAUCAUGCUGAAUGAGAGGCUCAACAUUUUCGGCAUCCUCGGCUGCGUGCUGUGCAUCGUGGGCAGUAUGACGAUUGUGCUGCAUGCACCAGAGGAGCGAGAAAUCACCUCCCUGCUGCAAGUCUGGAAUAUGGCCCUGAAACCGGGCUUUCUGCUGUAUUGUGUGGCCGCCACUGCGGUCAUCUUGUACCUUAUAGUCUCAGUUGCUCCCACCCAUGGCAACAGCAACAUUUUUGUGUACCUGGCGAUAUGCUCGCUCGUGGGAUCAUUGUCUGUGAUGAGCGUCAAGGCCCUAGGCAUUGCCUUGAAGCUCACAUUUCAGGGCCAGAAUCAAUUCCUGUACAUAGAGACCUAUUUCUGCAUUCUGGUGGUGGGAGUGUGUGUGAUCACACAAGUAAAUUAUCUUAACAGAGCGUUGGACAUGUUCAAUACGGCUAUAGUAUCGCCGAUAUACUAUGUGAUGUUCACACUGUUCACGAUCACGGCUUCCCUUAUAAUGUUUCAGGAGCCUCAGACAGGCACUCAGAUUAUGACAGAAGGCUGUGGAUUUACAACCAUUGUCAUUGGCACCUUUCUGCUGCAUUCCACAAGGGAGCUUGAUAUAUCACUGAGUGAGUCCAGCCGCCAGUAUAUGUCUUUAUCUAUAUCUUGCAUGAUGCCUUCUGAGGCUUUUGGAAGGCUGCUAUGGGGAGUGAGUGUGCCUCUGCAAUGCAGGUGA